CGCAUUUUCCACAAUUAAUAAUUUUGUGCAGAUUUCAGGUCUACUUCCAAAAAUAUAACAUAUAAUUUUUAAAUUGUAAAAUACAAUAACUAUGCGUUCCCGUUCUCGAACGAGGUCUCGCAGCCGUCAUCACUCACCUGCGAAACGGAGACACAAUUCGCGUGAACGUGAUGAUAGAAGUGAAGGUGUAAGAAGCCAUCGCAGACGGAGGCACACACGUUCAAGAACCAAAUCACUGACACAUUCACGCUCUCGGUCAAGAUCACGAACACGUAGAGGAUCCGUGGAAAGUCGUCGGGAUAAGUAUCGAUCGAAAGAAGAUCAGCGAUCGAAAUCAAGGUAUAGAAGGAGUCUUAGUCGCUCUUCUCCAGCAGAUGAUAAACAAAAGAUUGAUCGUUGGCCCAAUGACAAGUAUCAUGAAAAUAAUUAUGGUGGGCGUCAGAAUAACCCAUUUCGAAGUGGAAACAGUGGAAGUAUCCAUCAGCAGAAAAAGUCUUCAAACUACUUGGAAGCACGACGAGAGCAACGUGAGUUGAUCGGCAUAGAAGGUUCUGAAGAUGUAUGGGGUAAAAGCCCAGCUCAUCCAGAAGUAUAUUCAGACGACGAAGGGGAUGAUCCUGAUGUUAAAAUUUUAGAUGGUACUUAUAAAAAGCCAAAAAAGAAGAAAAGUAAGGCUAAAAAGAAGAAAUCGAAAAAAUCUAAGAAACGUAAAAGUAGUGGCAAAAAAAAAUCGAAAAGCAAACGUAGUAAGAAGAAAAAAGUGUUGAGCUCAAGUGAUACAUCCAGCUCAAGUUCAGAAUCCUCUGCAGCUGAAAGUUCUGAUAGUGUUAGUUCGGAAAGUGAAAGCUCUUCAGACUCGGAUUCUGAAACAGAGGACAUGUGGUUGGAAAAAACUGUAGACGGUGUCAAGCCAUUAAAAAAGAAAACUAAAACCAAAAAACACAAGAAAAAUAAAAAACGUUCCAAAAAUGAAGCCAGCAAAUCUAGUUCAGACAGGUUCCGAUCAUCACACGAAGUAGGCGUCGGGGGUGAAGAGUUCGGACCGACGCUAAGGCAAACUAGUGGUCUAAGUCAGAAGGAUUUUGGUCGUGCUCUUUUACCCGGUGAAGGUGCCGCGAUGGCAGCAUAUAUUGCAGAAGGAAAAAGAAUUCCACGUCGAGGUGAAAUUGGAUUGACAUCCGAGGAGAUUGCCAACUUUGAAUCUGUUGGUUAUGUUAUGAGCGGUAGCAGACAUCGUCGAAUGGAAGCUGUACGUAUUCGUAAAGAAAAUCAAAUCUAUUCUGCGGAUGAAAAGCGAGCUUUGGCCAUGUUCAGCAAAGAGGAGCGACAGAAACGUGAAAACAAAAUUUUGUCACAGUUUAAGGAAAUGAUUAAUUCCAAGUUACAUGCAAAAGAAAAGAAGUGAAUUGAAGUCAAUAUGUGUUUAUACAUAACUAAGUAUAAGGAAAACUUGAUGUUAGUGAUACCAUUAAAAACUAAAUUGUGAAAUUUAA